GCUACUGCGGCGAUGCCAGAGUCCCCAUCUUACGAGCCAGUCCCUUCUGGUCCUAGUUCCCCUCCAGGAAAUCCCGAUACCAGGGUGUUGCACCGUUUCCGAACGAUCCGGAGGACCCUGCUGUUCGCAGCAACCGCUGCUAUUGUCCUUCUCGCCGUGCUGAAGGCGAACGAGUGGACGAAUCACCAGGGAGAGCUACAGGCGCCGCCAGGAACAGAUACCGACGCAGAAGUCGGACUACCCGCAGACAAUACGGAGAACGCAACCACGCCUGACAUGCCUGAACACGGAAAAUACAGCGUGGGAUACUUUGUGAAUUGGGGUAUUUAUGGCAGAAAAUACCCACCGUCCUCGAUACCUGCUGAGAAUCUAACCCACAUCCUCUACGCCUUCGCAAACAUCAAAGCGGACUCAGGCGAAGUCUUCUUGUCCGACACUUGGGCAGACCAAGAGAUUCAUUAUCCGGGUGACUCCUGGAGCGAUGUCGGACACAAUCUCUACGGUAACUUCAAAGCUAUAUACAAGCUGAAGCAGCAGCACCGACACCUCAAGGUCAUCCUUUCCAUCGGCGGUUGGACGUAUUCCCCUACAAUCCAUCCAAUCGUCGUCUCGCCGCCUCUCCGAUCGAAGUUCGUGGCGUCGGCCAUACGACUUCUAGAGGACAACGGGUUGGAUGGUCUAGACAUCGACUAUGAGUAUCCUCAGAACGAUGCGCAAGCGCGGGGUUACGUAGACCUCCUCAGGGAGCUGAGAGCUGGACUCGAUGCCCAUGCAGCACGCAAGGGUAUCAAUCACAGAUUCCUCCUAACAAUUGCUGCGCCUUGCGGGCCGGAUAACUACCAGAGACUUCACGUGCGUGAAAUGGACCAGGUCCUCGACUUCUGGAACAUGAUGGCAUAUGACUUUUCUGGCUCGUGGGACCAGAUAGCCAAUCACCAGGCGAACCUAUUCGGAGGCCCCGUUAGCGCGUCGCAGGCAGUGCAAUGGUACAUUGACCAGGGCGUGCCCCGCAGCAAGAUCAUUCUGGGCAUCCCCCUGUAUGGGCGUAGCUUCAUGAACACAGAAGGUCCCGGUACGCCUUUCCAGGGCAUCGGUCAGGGUAGCUGGGAGCAAGGAGUGUACGACUAUCGCGCACUGCCUCCACCCGGCUCCUACCUCCUUCGCGACCAAGACGCCGUCGCCAGCUGGUCGUACAACUACCAAACCAAAGAGAUGGUCAGCUUCGACUCCGAAGAGAUCGGGAGGCGGAAGGGCGAGUGGAUCGCUCAGGAAGGCCUGGGCGGGAGCAUGUUCUGGGAGCUCAGCGGCGACAAGGGGACGCCACGAGACGGUAUGGAGGGCGGCCCCGGGAAGGACCCGCAGCCUGGUCGGAGUCUGGUUGCUGUCGUCAAGGAGGCUAUGGGCCCUUUAGACCAAAGCCCGAACUGGCUGACGUACGAGGGAAGCAAGUUCGACAACAUCCGCAAUGGCACCGCGUAAUGCGUGCUCCGCCCCGACCGUCGCUGCGUUGUAGGAUUAGGAAGGCUGUCCAGUAAUAUCAUCAUAUGCAGUUCAUUCAUACAGUCCGCUGUCAGCGAAUUUGAGAUGGUAGAGAAUGAACGACUGCGGUUUCCUGA